AUGGCUCCUCUCGACCUCGAGGAGCUUCUAAAGAAGAAGCGCGAGGCAGCUGCCGCCGCUGCCAAGCCAAAGUUCAUUCCAAGGAAGCAAAGAGAAAAGCUAGAAGCCGAGAAGAAGGAGAAAGAGAAGCAGCUGCAAGAGGAGCAACAGCGUCGAGAUCAACCUCGCGAUGAUCGGGGCCGUGACAGUCGCGAUGGGCGAGAUGGGCGAGACUUUCGAGAUGUUCGAGACGGGCGAAACGGGCGAGACGGGCGAGACGGGCGAGGUGGUUGGGACAAUCGCGACAGCCGCGACGAUCGCGGACGGGCUCCCACCGCGCCGAGGGCUAUGAGACACGAUGGCCCUGCCAACGGCGCAAACAGCAACGGCACAAACAACCGCUCCGCCCCCAGGGGUGUGAAGCGAUCUGCCGAGGAUGAGGAGGCAGAACUCAUUCGCGCAAGAUACAUGGGCCCCGAUGUCAACCAAAGCAAGUUCUCCGCCAAGAAGAAGCGCAGCCGCAAUGCGGGCAACAAGUUUAAUUUCGACUGGAACCCCGACGACGACACCACCGACUCGUUCUACGCCUCGCCCGUCGCUCCAGUCGUUCAAACCUCGAGCUAUAGCGAGGACGCGGAGGAGGAGAAGAUCCGUCGACAGGCGCGCCUCAUCGAGGAGCGGGAUCCUGAACAUGGAAAGGAGCGAGCCCGACAGCUAUUGGAGGAGUUUCGGCGAGGCAAGGAGCGACGGAUGCGUGGGGCCAUGCACAAACAUUGGUCGGAAAAGACUCUGGACGAGAUGCGCGAGCGUGACUGGCGUAUCUUCAAGGAGAACUUCGGCAUCGCUACCAAGGGCGGCAGUAUACCUAAUCCCAUGCGGAAAUGGCGAGAAUCGGCGCUGCCGCCGAGACUAUUGGAUGUCGUCGAGCAAGUUGGUUACGAAGAGCCUACCCCCAUUCAGCGUGCCGCCAUUCCUAUCGCUCUACAGGGUCGCGAUCUGAUCGGUGUCGCUGUCACUGGUUCCGGUAAAACGGCUGCGUUCUUGCUGCCUCUGCUUGUCUAUAUCAAGGAGCUACCACCACUAGACGAGUACACCAAAGCCGACGGUCCCUACGCACUGAUUCUUGCACCGACUCGAGAACUGGCCCAGCAGAUCGAGGCCGAAGCUAGGAAAUUUGCUACGCCGUUCGGCUAUACUGUCGUCAGUAUUGUGGGUGGCCACUCCAUCGAGGAACAGGCUUUCGCGUUGCGGAACGGAGCUGAAAUCAUUGUGGCGACGCCUGGUCGGUUGGUGGAUUGUAUCGAAAGGCGCCUGCUUGUUCUGUCACAGUGCUGCUACAUCAUCAUGGAUGAAGCAGAUCGUAUGAUUGACCUUGGUUUCGAGGACUCUCUCAACAAGAUCUUGGACGCUCUUCCCGUCUCAAACGAGAAGCCCGACACAGAGGAUGCCGAGGAUGCGCAGGCCAUGACCCGAUACUUGGGAGGGAAGAACCGGUACCGCCAGACAAUGAUGUACACGGCGACUAUGCCCCCGCUCGUCGAGAAGAUUGCAAAGCGGUAUCUCCGAAGGCCGGCCAUCGUGACUAUUGGCAACGUUGGCGAAGCUGUCGAGACUGUCGAGCAACGCGUCGAGUUUAUCUCGGGCGAAGAUAGACGCAAGAAGCGUCUGCGUGAGAUCCUCCACUCUGGCCAUUUCGCGCCGCCUAUCAUCGUGUUCGUCAACAUCAAACGCAACUGCGACACUGUCGCCAAGGACAUCAAGGGCAUGGGUUUCUCAGUCGUCACUCUCCACGGUAGCAAGACACAGGAGCAGCGUGAGGCAGCACUGGCAUCGGUGCGGAACGGGCAGACAGACAUCCUUGUGGCUACGGAUUUGGCCGGAAGAGGUAUCGAUGUUCCCGACGUCUCGCUGGUCGUCAACUUCAACAUGGCCACCAAUAUCGACAGCUACACGCACAGAAUCGGCCGCACGGGUCGUGCUGGCAAGAGCGGUGUGGCGAUUACCUUCUUAGGAAACGAGGACACGGAUGUGCUGUACGAUCUGAAGCAGAUGAUCUCAAAGAGCUCGAUUUCGAAGCUGCCAGAUGAGUUGAGGAGGCACGAGGCGGCGCAGAAUAAGCCUACGAGAGGUAGAAAGAAUGAGGAGAGCGGCGGUGGUUUCGGCAGCAAGGCCGGGUGGAAUUAG